AUGGCGGACGUAAAGUUACCAGAAAUAGGUCGACCAAAUAAAGAAAGAGAUGACAAAAAAGAUUCACGACCGGACACUAAAGAAAACCUUGAGCAUCUUCCCGAAGUCAAGAGCCCGGGGCCGAAAGAAGCUGAAAAGGACAAAGAAACACAGGAGACCAGUUUACCUCCUAUAACCGACAAGAAAAAAUCCAAACCUAAAGCAACCGAACCAGACAAAGUUCAGAAACAGGAGACUGUAGGAGACGGCAAAACUUUGACUGGAAAAGUUGAUCAGAAGAAAAAAGUAGAUAAGGUCUUAGACGCUGUUCGCGAAAGAAAAGUAGACAAGAACCUCUCAAAGCCUCCCAAAAGAGAUAGACAGACAGAGAAAACUCAGGAACUACCUCAUCUCCCAACUAUCAAAGAGGCUACUGACUCUGAGGAGGUCAUCGCCAAAAGAUUCCUAGCUCUACGAAAGCGAGAAGUUGCAUUUAAAAAACUAUUCCACGUUAAAGAGGUCCACGUUUUUGAUCACAAUAUGCUACCAAGGAUAAACCCAAGCAAAUCCAAUCUCAUAUCGAGGUUGGAUCCUUACACAGUGGAACAAGGAGAGAAAGAAAUGAAAAGAAUCACAAGGUCCAUCCCAUCAAACCCCGACUCAGACCAUGGUUACAGAUACAGAAAGACAGCGGUAGACAUGAUGAAUCCUUGGGAUUUCUUGGAAUUAGACAGUGUAGAAUCAUCCCGUAGAACAAUUCCACGCUACAGAGGAUCACAAAAGCGCCGUAGGGAUUAUCCAAACAGACCCCCACCCAAGGGCAGCACAUAUUUCCCCCAAUUCCCUAACGUAAACUAUCCUUACGUUCAAGCAGAGAGUCCCACACGUAUGUUUGAACUUGACGAUGUGCCAAAAGUUAGAAAACAACUGAAAAAGAAAUGGAGUAAACGCUCACCUGAGAGAGUAAAGAAGGAUUAUACAAAAACAAAGAACGACUUUUACCGUAUGGAGCUUGAUAAACUGAACGAAAUGCGUCCAACAUACAACCGACCCAGUAUGGUCAACACCUAUACUGCCUAUCUACAAAACACACCAGGUUCCAAGCAGGCCCUGGACGAAUGCAUCAGUGGAAUCGAAUCAAAACUUCUUCGAGAUGAGGCUAACGUCAGUCUCUUGCCAAAACAUCCUAGACCCUCACUAAAGAAGUCACAUUCCACCCUGACCAGCGGGAGAAGUACCCGCCAGAGAGUCAUCAAGGUCGUGGAUACGCCCAUAAAAGUCGUAGAAACGCCCACAGUUGAUGUACCAAGGUCCGCCCUGCAUUCUCGGCAGACGAUUGAAUCUGCGGGUUAAUUGAAUUGCAUACGGAAAGUCAAAAUAAACAAUCUUUUAUCAUCAUGAUCUGCUGAGAUUGUGUCACC